AUGCCGCUCGCGUACUUGGAAAUCUGCCUCAGUUUAUACGGUUUCUACCUAAGAGUCUCUUCUGGGCUGUGUGGUCACGCAGCUUGGCCGGAUUGGUCCUCGGGGUCGUGGGCUAUGAAAACCGGACUUUCUUCUCCCGCGCGGGAUAAUCAGGGAAUAAAUUCUGUAUUCUGGGUGGCGUGGCUGCCACAUGGGCCUCCUCCUGAACAUGGACAUGUGCCUCAAGCGCAAAUCUUUGAUCUUCUAUACCAGCGAAUGAUACAAUGCAAUGAUGGGAUCGCCCUUGCGCUCGAAACGUCACUCCGAGGGCUCGAUAUUUUUGGUAAUCUGCCCUUGCUCCUGAAACGCCACCCCGACGGUCCUAUAUUUUUGGAGAAUCUAUGUCUGCGGCUCCUCGCCUUGUAG